CGUCUCUAUUCUUCAAACGUCAUUUUGACUCAUCAUCCUCUCUUUCCCUUCGCCAUCGAUUCUCUGAGCUCGAAACGAAUUCUCUCUCUCAGCUUAUAGAUACCCUAAUCAAGAAGAAGUAAAAGAUGCAUCCUCCACUUACACCACAUAGACAUCCAAUGUGUCUGGAGAUAAUUGAGGAAUUUCAAAAGUGUCAUAUAGAUCAUCCGAUAGGGAAAUUCUUCGGAGAAUGUACAGAGCUUAAAGUAAAGCUUGAUCGAUGUUUCCGCCAAGAGAAAGCUAUGAAGCGGAAGGUAAAUUUCGAACAAAGCAAGAAACUUCAAGAAAGACUGAAAGCUAUAAGGAAAGAAGAAACCGCAGAGACUUGAGCAUUGUUGGAUUUCAAUCCGAUAAAGAAAAUAUGUCUAUUUCAAAAGAACACAUUUCUAAAUUAAUCCAGAAAGAAGAGUUUGAUACUCUUUUGCCUCGUAAAUGAGUGAAACAUAUAGUAUUACACUUCUAUUGAUUAGGUUUUUUAGCGUUUCGAAAUGAAGCAGUUAUUGGAAUGUAAGGCUUAUUAGCUAGGUCUGCAACAAACAUUGCUCUUAAACCUUUAUUUAUGGAAGUAGCUACAUACUUCCAUUUUAUUGUGGCUACAAACUAGUUUUGCACUGA